AUGGAAGAAACCGCCACAGGUCCCUCUGGCCAGUACGCCGAGGAUCCUAUGCUAGGAAGUUCAGGGAUGGCUAUACCACAAGGUACAGCCGUCGCGGGUGGUAAUCCCGGGCCAUCGAAUCCCCUAUCACAACCCUUCCAAAAUCUUGCGAUCGAUAGCCCUAGCUACGACCAACCUCCGAGUCCAAACUACUCUUUCCCCCGACAAUCCAGCUUGCAACCGCCUACUGAAUUUCUCGAGCAAUGGCAAAGGCUCGUUAGGAGAGAAGCCAUAAGACGAGGGUUCGAAAUUCGUGUUCAGGAUCACCCUGCCCAUGGCCAUGCAUGGUACAAUCCGAACAUGCUUAGAGCAAGAAGCCCGCUUGAGUGGCGAGACGGAGGGUGGGUCAGGGUAGAACCCCCUGCUCGAAAUGGCCCUUGCCUCGAUAAUAUGGGCGAUGGACGGCCGGAUGCCAAAGAAAGCUCCGAAAUGAUGAUUAAGCUCGAAUGCAAGAUCUGUAUGAGCCAGCUGGUCGAUACGGUGAUUAUCCCUUGUGGACAUGCGGUCCUCUGUCAAUGGUGCGCGGACCUGCACAUCCCAGCGACGAAAAAUGACCCCACGAGACCAGUUAAGAAGGUCAACUGUCCGAUAUGUCGCGCAGUGGUUAUGGGAAAGUACCGGAUCUUUCUCACGUAA